AUGAGGGGCCAAGAGAAGAGAGGCCAGGCUCUGCCCAAAAAGGCCCCUCCAGGCCGAAACGGGGAUGCGGGCGACACCGACCCCGAUCCCGGCAGGAACCGCCGCCUUCUGACGACGCGGGGGCCGCCUCGUGACGAGGUGAGGCACCGCCUCCGCAGGCCCGAAGCUGCGGAGAUUGGCCCCAAAACAAGUGAGGCAAUACCCUUCCCACACGGACGGCAGGGACAUGGCAAAUGGACAUCCAGCCCCGGGUGCUGCCACCCACGGCCGCCCCAACACACCGCGACAGCGGCCGCGGUGACGCCGCCCCGCCCCGGGGCCGCGGGUAUGGACGCGGAGAGCGCCGGCGGCCGAGACAACGCUGCAGGAGCAGGAUCAGGAGGAGGAGGAGGUGGACAGAGGGACUUCGUAUCCGCCCUCCCUCCCUAGGUGAGCUCCCGGAUUUUCGGCGGCCUGGACGUGGAGAGCCUGUGCCACGCGUCUUCGGCGUGCAAGGGCUGGUACUGCGUCAUCGAGGCCAACGGGCACCACUGCCUGGCCGUGGGGGCCGUCUGCCGGCGCGAGAUCGACUGCGACCGCGGGAAGGACUAUACCUGGAAGAUCACAUUAUUGAGAAAGUACCGGAAAAGCAAGGUGAAGCAAGAAUGGCUGAGAGGGAAAUAUAGCAACAUUCCUUCGCAACACAGCUUACCAGAGAAAAUCAUGUAUCCCAUGGACAUUGAUACAUGGGGAGAAAUCUUGGAAGCAGAACAUGAAAGAUAAGAAACCAGUGCUGAUUCUUGCAACUCAAAAACCUUUUGCCAAUGACACACAAACUGUUUGGCAGUUGUCAAACUGAUUUUGAGUGAUUUUUAACUGAUUUUGAACUGAUGAUGAAAUUUUCUCAGAAGAAUUUACAGGUGUCUUUUUCUUUGCAGUUUAUUGUAUUAAUUUUAUGUAAAAUUCUAAAUAAGACUAAAUGUUCAGUUGUAAUUUAUAUUUAUAAAUUUAAUGCUCUGCUGUAUUGUCAAAAAUAUGUUGAUUGUAUUUUCAAUUUGCACGUUUUCUUUUGAAAGAGAUUAUUUUUAUUUAAAAAAAGAAAGGUAUGUUUGACUUGAAAUGUAUCGUACCAGCAGCACGAGAACCCACAAAGGAAGGCUGGGUUAGGGACAAAUACAGACACUGGAAAGAAAAGAAGAUGACAAGCUGGGCACCUCACUAUCAGCUGAACAUUCCCAGUGUCCACCUCAAGGGACAAAGUCCUCAGAAGGAUCUCUAAACUUGCACCCCAGUUUUUGGCACCAACUUGCAAAACUGCUGCUAGUAAAAGAGGAUGCACCUGUCACGUUAUCUAACAUAAAAGUGACCACAAAUUCAAUUUAUUACAAUUCUCUUUGACUAUCACCUUUCUCUACCUUCUUUGCACUAAAGUAACUGUGGAAAAUGCUGGGAAGGUCUCUGUUGCUCAAGGUAUUCCUGCAAAAUUCAGUCACCAAUCUUCUGUAGGAAGACUUCUACCAUGGUUAUGAAACGUGGUUAUUUAACCCUUGCGGAUUAUCUGGUGAAAAUAUCUUGUAUGUUUCCUCCCCUUUAUUGCAGGUGGCUGGGCUCACAGGCUGUUGUAGGUGCCCAUAUCUACACCUAUGCCAAAAUAAUUAUUCUAUUUAAAGAAGGAAGAAACAUAACAGUCUGCCUUCUAUUUAGGAAGAAACAUAACAGUCAGGUGAAACAGGUAGCUCUAAAAUGCUUCCAAGAACAGAAUGUUGCCUGAUCCUUUCUCUAGUUUAGAGCAUUCAACAGAUUUCCUCAAAACUGAUCCACGUCCCUCAGCCUCCUGCAUGUUCCCCAUUAGAACAGGUCUUCAGUCAAUAAGCACUAAGUACCAAUAAGUACCUUUUCUGAAUCAUGAGUAACGUAUUUAACAGAGCUUUCUCAUCAACAGCAGUGCAGACUAUUCUUUGUAGAUAAGCGUUAGUUCUAGGAGCAGGAACCCAUUGCACUAGGUUUUAAAGAUCUCCUUCUAGUGCCAAAAGGGUUGAUGCUGUUUUUGUGGGACAGUUACUGCAUUAGCCAAAAUGGAUGCAGUACCCAAAACUCACUGAAGCUUCCACUGUCACCCUGCUACCGAACAUGACUGAAGUGUAGCUCACAGUAAAGAACCAUUGCUAAGUAUAAGUGUGAUGCAGAGCUCAGUGAAUUGCAAACACUGCUUCCUCUAUUAGCUAUUCUGCUCUAAAGUUAUAUCUAGUUAGCUCAAAUUAAAAAAGAAAAAACCACACCAAUACCCACACCCAGGCACAUCAGUUUUUCCGCCAAAGUUGCUGCCUUGCUCCCUGCUCACAGCAUUUAUCACCUCAACUUUAAGAGCGCUAGAAGUGAAAAAAGUGCAUAUGAAUUAAUAUAGAAAACAACACUAGCAGUACAUUUUCACCACCUCAAAAGUACCCAAUUUUUUUAAUCAUAAGAUAGGGAAAGUACAUAAUAAUGGAUCUAGUCCCUCACCCUUCUCACCCAGCCUCUUCUGUUGCCUUCAGUCUCGAACUCCCAGAUAUUUAACCCCUAUGCCUGCUCCUUUCAUGCUCCUCAGCUGUCAGUUCUCAUAUAUAUCCCCUCAGGAUAUCCCCUCAGUUUUUAAAUAGAAUAAUUAUUUUGGCAUAAAUCCUAACACAGUUACUUCACUGUGCACUUAGCUGUAGCUUCUCCCCAUUCUCAUAUGAGCAUAGGAAUUCCCAGUAUCUGUUGUACCUCUACCUCUGUUCAGAUCAGGUGGCUGUGCCUCCUUAAACACAAGGAAUUAAACACUGAGCUAUGCAAUUAGACAAGGCUGCACCAGAAAAUAUGAGGGUAAGGGCUUUCAUUCCUGGUGAAAAGGGAUGUUGUUCGCAUGUACUUCCCCUGCCCUAAAAUGACCAGUCCCACUCCCAGAAUUGAAUAACAUCGAGGAUUUCUCCCAGACCAAAGGUGCCAGGACAGAAAGCACUUCCUGCUUUUGGAGUGCCUAGGUUGACCCACCAACUGCAGCAGAAACCACGAGGGCAAGCCCUUUCCUUGGGAAAAGGGCUGUUAUUUGCUUGCAGGAGCCCUGAGCUGUAAUUGCCAGUCUGAGUCCCAGAAUUGAAUACCAUCGAGGAUUCCUCUGAAACGAAAGGGGCCAGGAGAGAAAGCUCUUCCUGGUUAUGGAAUCUCCAAGGUGGCCCAGACACUGCACCAGAAACCACGAGGGUAAGGGCUUCCUUUCCUGGGAAAAAAGGCUGUUGUUUGCUUGCAGGAACCCAGCACUGAAACUGCCCUUCCGACUGGCAGAAUUGAAUACAGAAGAAGAUUCCUCCUAGACAAAAGGUGCAAGGAGAGAAAGGUCUUGCUGCUUGAGCAGUGCUCACUGUCUCACAGACAUUGUACAGGAAAACAGGAGGGAAAAGGCUUUCGUUCCUUGGGAAAAGGGCUGUUGUUUGCUUGCAGGAACCCUACCCUAAAAUUGCCAGUCUAAAUCCCAGAAUUGAGUUUCAAGGAGGAUUCCUCCCAGACAAAAGGUGCCCUGCACAGGAUGCUCCUGCUGGCAAUGUAGUGUUGAGAGUGGCUACCAACUGCACUUGAGUGAGGGAGGUCAAGGCUUUCUUUGCUGGAUGGAAUGGCAGUCGUUCGCUUGCAGGAGCUCUGCGCUGAAAUUGGCUGUCUGACUCCCAAAAUUCACUAUGGAUGAAGAUUCCUGCCAGACAAAAGGUGCUCGCACAGAAAGCCCUUGCUGUCCAUGUAGUGCCGACACCUUUUACCUAUUCUGACACAGUUUUAACUAUUCUUUUACUAUGUUGACUAUUAAUAAAGCCAAUCUAACUGCAUCACUAAAAAAUAGAGGUUUUAUUCUUCUCUCUUCUUUGUCCUGCAGAAAGGAGCAGAAUUCAGCCAGAAUGGCAGAAUGGCUUGCAAUGUUUGCAUUAAAGAAUUUUUAUCACACUUAGUGCAGGGAUUUCUAGACUACAGAGAAGGAGGCAUGCAUGG